AUGUGUGAGACCGCGCAAGUCGCGAGGGGGGAAGGGGGGGAGGAGGGGAUGAGCAAGGCCGAGCUCUUCAUGGCGCCACUGGGGACUGAGGGCAGGGAUGCGGCAUUUGACGCCGAGGAGGAGUCUGGGUGGGUGAGGGGUGUUCAGCCAUUGUGGGUCCCUAGGCCCACGCAUCUGGGAGCUAACGCGGAUGAGGAUUACGCUCCCAUUGCAACUGAACUUGCAGCGGUAGAGGCUUCUGACUACGAGGGUGGUGAUGAUGAGGUGCGGGACAAGGGGUUGAGGGACUUGGAGGAGGGAUACGAGGGGACAGGGCUGGACGUGGGCGAGGCCGUGGAGGGGGACGGGUCGGUCGCAAUAGGGUCGUGUUAG